AUGACCGUUCGGGAUUACGAGGCAGAGUUCUCUCGGAUGUAUCGCUUCGUACGACCAUGGGAUACCGAAAGGUUAGCUAUGCACUUUCUGCGAGGGCUGAAUGAGAACCUUCGGGUUACAGUAGCAUCGUUUGAGUUGGCGACGGUGGCACAAAUGGCGGCAAAGGCAAUGGUACUAGAAGAGGCAAACCCACCUCGGCAGAAUGAUCAGGCAGCAGCAAGAGAUUUCCGAGACAAGGGGAAGAGAGUAGCAGGUAGCAGUAGUUCGAUGAGACAUCAGGGUGGAUCCUGGAAGAAGCAUAGGAACAACUUUCACCACCAGGCCCCAGCUAGGGCAGCACCUACACCUGUCAGGGCUAUGCCUAUCAAACAAGCAGCACCUGCUACACCACGGACAUGUUACAAUUGUGGAGAGACAGGCCAUAUUUCCAGUGGAUGCACUAAACCAAAGAAACGGAAAUGCUUCAAAUGUGGGUUGGAAGGGCAUUUCGCUAGAGAGUGUACUCGACUUGAGGGUGGAGGACAGGGUAACCAGCAGAGACUUUUGCCUCCAGCACCUGCAAGAAUCUUUGCUAUUGGCCAGAUAGGCACUGGGGUGGAAGGUACCUUAUCUGUUUAUAACUACCUUCCUAGAGUAUUGUUUGAUACGGGAGCCUCCCACUCCUUCAUAUCUAGUUCAGUUGUAGAUGUGUUGGAUUUGACUGCUAUGCCUCUUACUAGAUCUUUGUGUGUCACAUCGCCUCUUGGCGUCUCUCUUGAACUUGAUAUGUUUUGUGAUGAUUGCCCUAUUGGGAUAUGUGGCAGAGAAUUCUUUGCAUCUUUGAAUGUGAUUCCAGAUCACACGUAUGAUGUGAUUUUGGGUAUGGAUUGGUUGAGCCCGAACCAUGCAGUGAUUGAUUGCUUUAGGAUGGUUGUGUCCUUCCGUGUCCCUGGAUAA